AUGAAUACCAAGAAUGAGAUCGUUGUUCAUUUCGGUCCAGCAGCCGAUAAGCCAGAGAUAGUAUCUGCUUUGGAACAUCUCACAAAGCUUCAUGCCUUGACUAUAGAUGAUCUUUACGUUAAAUGGGAACAAUUUUCCAAUCAGAAGAAUUUCAAGAAUGCCAAUUUAGAUCCAGUGAAUCUAGAUAACUUCAAACAGUACCUUCAACUGCAAAUAGAAAAAAGGGCCGCCAAGGCUCCAACAACGUUUAACCAUACCAAUGUUGCAAGAAAACCUAAGCCUGUAAGGUCUGUCAAUGGAAGCCCAACACUUUUUGGAUUAAAUGUCUCAAAAACUCCUACUUUGAAGAGACGUAAGAUGAAUGAUGAGCUGGAAUCAGAUGGUAAGAGCAAAUCAUCACCACUUCACUUUUCCACUACCCCUCUCAGUGCUAACAGUACUCCUGGUCCCGAUUUAAAUAGCAUGGCGGCAAUACCUUCUCAAGACGAUAUCCAAUCUGGUAAAAUAUUAGACUCAUUAAAUUCGAACAAUUUAGAAAUUGCCACAGGAAUUGACGUAACCGACGGAACUAAAUUAAAGAUUUCACCCUAUUAUGAUCCCGAGAAGUACCAUUUCAGAACCAUGAGACAAAGUUUGAUUGAUGUGGCCGAUGUUUUGGAUGAACAAAUAGAAAUCCUCUCCAAUAUAGUGCAAAACCACUAUCAACUUCAAGCGUCAGAUUUCGGAGAUCCUACGAUUCAAGCACAAUCUGAACUAUAUACAGUCGGUAGGAUCGUUCCAGAUUCCUCGUCUUCUGAGGAUCAUUUGAAUGAAGAAUCACUGGCAUUAGAAACCUCAAGAAUGGGCGGUGUCGGCAGAAGAAUACGUUUGGAUCUGUCUAAUGUUAACGAAGUAUCAUUUUUCUGUGGCCAAAUUGUGGCAUUAAAGGGUAAAAAUGCAAAUGACGAAUAUUUUACGGUGAGUGAAGUAUUAUCUCUUCCAUAUCCAGAUUCUCCAACUUCAACGCUAGAAGAAUUACAAGAAACUUCUAAUUCUAUGAAUGGUAAACCGUCCAAAAUUGUAAUAACUAGCGGUCCAUAUAUUCCCGACAAUAGCUUCAGCAUGAUCAACUUGGACAAUUUCGUUGAACGGAUAAACACUGAAAUAAAACCUCAUGUUUUAGUCAUGUUUGGUCCGUUCAUCGAUUACACUAACUCCAUGAUAGCUAAGGGAACGAUACCGAUUUUCCCCAAUUUAAAAAUCCAACCAAAGACGCUUGAUGAGAUAUUUAUUAAGGUGAUGGCGCCUAUUUUGAAAAAUAUCGAUUCUCAAAUCCAAGUAAUCAUGAUACCUUCUACAAGAGAUACUUUAAGUAAACAUGCUGCAUAUCCGCAGGACUCAUUUGAUAGAAAGGCACUACAUCUACCGAAGAAUUUCAAAUGCUUUGCCAAUCCUUCCACUUUCCAAUUGAAUGAAGUUUUCUUUGGUUGUUCAAAUGUUGAUAUAUUUAAAGACAUGAAAGAAGUCACCAGAGGUGGUAACAUAUUUUUACGAAACCGAUUUGACAGAAUUUCUGAACACCUUCUUCAACAACGAAGAUUUUACCCUGUGUUUCCUGGCGGUGUAAGAAAGAAAUUACUUCCAUCAAGUACAAAUAGUGAAAGAACUUACCAACAUAUUUCUGGUGCUGAUCUUGAGGUCGCUUAUAUGGGCUUAACUGAGUUCGUCGAUGGGUUUGCGCCGGAUAUUAUUGUCAUCCCUAGUGAACUCCCCCAAUUUGCAAGAGUGGUACAGAAUGUGGUUAUGAUAAAUCCUGGUAGGUUUAUCAAGCCGCUAGGUGCAAAAGGAACAUAUGCACAGAUCACCAUUUCAAGUCCUGAUUUAGAAAGUGGCCUCCUGACUGAGAUAAAGGGGGAAAGUUCUGUGUACCUGCACAACGUAUGGAAGCGGGCAAGGGUAGACUUGAUAACCAUAUGA